CGGUACACACAAAAUGAAAUAGACAAAUAUCACAAAACAGAACGGGGUAUAUGUCCAACAAGACUUUUCUAUACGCCAUUGACGAUUCCACAAAGUUUUGCUCUGAGCGGCAAAGAGACAGGAGGUACAGACAGAAAAUGGCGACAGCGAUGCGACAAUUCCAACCGUCCGCCACCGGCACAAGAACCUUAACUAUCACCAUAGACGACGCGGCUUCUCAGCCGGUCGAUUCCUCGUCGUCCCAUCGGCCUUGGAACGAAACCCUAGUCCUCAAAUUGAAGCCCAAGAAGAAGAUGGUUUCAUGGAAGGAAGGCACGGUGGACAACGAGUUCCUCAACAGGAAAAGCUCUAAGAAAUGCUGCAUUUUCCACAAAGACAAGCCCUUCGACGAAGAUUACAGCGACGACGAGGAUGAAAAGAAGGGCCAUUCGAAUGAUCAUCCCCAUAAUCAUGCUCACGAAGAUUGCGGUAGUUGCGAAGGUCAUUGAUUGAUUAGAUUUGUAAGUGUAACAAAAACCUAAAGACUUUUUGUAGAUAUUUGGCGCAUGGUUGGAUGUAAUAGAGACAGUAAGUAUAUGUUAUCAAUUGAUCUUAUGCAAAAUAUUAAUUGAUCUUUUUUGGAUUCAUUCGUUCCUAGCUUUCUAGCUUUCUUUAUUAUUUAUGUUCGUAAAAUUUAUUAUCUUGAAUCGGA